AUGGAAUAUUCACCUAGUUCAACUAUUGAAACUAUUGAAGAAGAUAAGGAUGUUUAUUUAUAUGAAUUGAAUAAUUUAAAUAAUUUCAAUCCUUUACCACCUCCACCAAUUCUGGAUCCUUAUAAUUAUAAUGGUAAUAAUCAUGGACAUUCAAUUCAUUCCGGUAUUAAUGGAGGACUUAACCACAAUAAUCAUAAUUCCCUCAAUCCUUCAAAUCAUAUUCAUCCACAAAUAGGUUAUUCAAAUUCUCCGAUUUCAAAUCGACAAAAUUCAAUUCAAUCUUCAAAUUCUUAUCCAAUUGAUAAUGAUUCCCAAAAUAAUCCAUCAAUUUUUUCAAAUUCAAAUAAUUCUUAUAAUUCAAUUCAUGAUGUCGAUAAUUCAAUUUAUAAUUUAGAUUAUGAAUUAGGAUCUUUUGAAUCAAUUGAUAGUAGUAUUAAUACCCCAAAUCAUUCAUUUAAUAAUUCUUUUAAUUCUUAUUCAAAUCAUUAUAAUCCAAAUUAUUUUGAAUAUCAUAAUUCAAAUCAUGUAGAUUCUUUUGAUAAGGAAAAAUUUUUAUCCAGAAAUUUAUCAACAACCUUUUCUGAUGUUUCACCAUUAAAUAAAUAUCAAGAAUUUACAAUAGAAUCAACUCCAAUUCAUAAUAAUGUUAAUUAUUCAAAUAUUAAUAAUACUCCAAAAUUACCCCAAUUAACAACUUUCCAUCAUCAUCCUUCUUUACCAAAUUUACAAUUAGUUAAUGGUGAAUAUGAUAAAGGUUCUCAACCUUCAACACCUGAUUCUCCUAUUAAAACUCCAGUAGAUUUCCAAUUAAGAAGAAAGAAAAAAUCUUUUAAUCAAAUUAAUUCUCCAUUUAAUUCUCCUAAUUUAGGUAUUUCAAUUAAUGGUUUAGGAGUUUCAGUAGAAACUGAAUCACCAAUUUCAACUCCAGCAAAGAAAUAUACUAGAAGAAGAUUAUUACCUAGAUCAAAAAAUGGAUGUUGGAUUUGUAGAAUUAAACAUUUAAAAUGUGAUGAAAUUAAACCUCAUUGUACUUCAUGUGUUAAAUAUGGUAUUAAUUGUGAUUAUUCUCCUGAUAAACCAAAUUAUGUUGUAGAUAAAAAUUUAAGAAAUAAGAAAUUAAUUGAAAUAACUCAAAUCAGAAAGAAUAAUCAAAAAUUAAGACCAAAGAAAUCAAAGAAAAGAUUAGAUGAUUAA